AUGGCUCCAUGCGUUCAAGAGCUCCACUUCCCCACCCUCACCAUCCCCAUCACCAUUGACCACGUCACCGCCGUCAUGCCCGCCGGCCCCAUUCCGGCGGCCUCUGGCGACACGCUCUACUUGUCGAACCUCGACGACAUCAUAGGAGCUCGCGUUUUCACCCCAACCGUCCACUUCUACCAAUCAAAUCGUUCUUCAAAUUCCGACACCCUACCGUCGAUCACGAAAUCGAUACGCGACGCUCUCGCCGGCGUCCUCGUCCCCUACUAUCCUUUCUCCGGCCGGCUUCGGGAGACCCAGAACGGAAAACUAGAAGUGUUCUUCGGCCCAGACCAAGGGGCCCUCAUGGUGGAGGCCCACACCGAUAUGGCCUUAGCCCAGCUCGGAGACCUCGCCGUGCCGAAUCCGGCGUGGCUGCCGCUAAUCUACCGGUUCCCCGACGAGGGGCCGUACAAAGUCAUCGACAUGCCACUGGUGAUUGCUCAGGUGACCCUUUUCAGCUGCGGCGGCUUCAGCCUUGGCUUACGACUCUGCCACUGCCUCUGCGACGGCUUCGGCGCCAUGCAGUUCCUUGGCGCGUGGGCUGCAACUGCCAAAACCGGCGCCGUCGUCACAAAUCCUCCUCCGCGAUGGAACCGGGAGUUUUUCUGGCCGCGGAACCCGCCGGCGGUGAAAUUCCCACACACAGAAUUCAUGAGAAAAGAAGAAACCUCAACCCUCACUGCGUGCUUAUGGCGAGCCAAGCCGGUCCAGAAGUGUUACAGAAUCAGCCCGGAAUUCCAAGCUCGGCUCAAGACUUCGGCUCAGCCGGACGACGAUUUCGGAUGCAGCACAUUCGACGCGAUGGCGGCGCACGUGUGGAGGUCGUGGGUGAAAGCGCUUGACGUGAUGCCGCCGGAAAACGAGCUCCGGUUGACAUUUUCCGUCAACGGUCGGGGGAAGAUGGAGAGGCCGCCGUUGGAGGAGGGGUUUUACGGGAACGUAGUAUGCGUGGCGUGCGCGGUGAGCACGGUGGAGGAGCUGGUGGGGGGAAGGCUGUCGGAGACGACGCUGUUGGUGCGGGAGGCGCGGGCGGGGGUGACGGAGGAGUACGUGAGGUCGACGGUGGAUUACGUGGAGGUGGAGAGGCCGGCGAGAUUGGAGUUUGGGGGGAAGUUGACGAUUACGCAGUGGACCCGGUUUUGUAUGUACGAGAGGGCGGAUUUUGGGUGGGGAAGGCCGGUUUAUGCCGGUCCGAUAGACCUGACGCCGACACCGCAGGUAUGCGUGUUCUUGCCGGAGAGAGAGGUGGAGGGUAGGGCUAGUGGGUCGGCCAUGGUGGUCUGCAUUUGCUUGCCGGAGUCAGCCGUGGAUAGGUUCAAGGAGUACUUGUCGGCAUGUUGA